AUGGCGAGCGAAGAGGCGAUGGGGGAGAGCCCGGGGGAGUGGUCGGAAGACAGCGGUCAUCCUGACAUGGCGGUAGGGUUCAAAGAGCGUGUAUAUACUGUACUGUCAGCGUGUGUUACUGUGGUUAGUGUUUGUGCCUUCUUUCCCGUGUGUGUGUGUGUGUGUGUGUGUAUGUGUGUGUAUCCAAUAUGUGUGUCUUGGUACAUUCAAUUCAGAUGUGUCUGUAUUGUUGAGUUUCUGGGUCUCUUGUUUAUGUCAGUUUGCCUUACAGGCAGCUGUUUGCUUCCCUUAUUGUCUACUUGCUAUUCUUUCCCUCCACGUCCACUUCUCAUAAUGUUUUUUUUUUCCUUCUGUUUUUAAAUUGCUUUCUAUUUCCCUCCCCUCUCUGGCUGAAUGACUAGGCUAUUUCUCCUCUUGUCUGGGUCUCCCAUCUCUCCUCUUUGUCCUGCUGGCUACAUUCGUUUUGUCUUCUGUCCGUCCUGCUCUCUCUCCUCUCUCUCCUCUCUCCUCUCUCUCUCUCUCUCUCGUCUAUCCUCUCUCUCUUCUCUCUCUCUCUCUCCUCUGUUUCUCUUUGUUUCUCUUUCUCCCUCUCUCUUUCAACAUGUCACCGGCCCCAGCUGGCGUCAUCUCUCUCUCUCUUCCUCUCUUACUGGCCCCUCCUGUGUUUCUCUUUUUUUGUGUUGGCUUUCCACUUCCCCUCUCUCUUAGUCCCUGCUCUCUCAUUUUCUCCAUGUCUCCUUCACUCUUUCUCUCUCUCUCUCUCCUCUCCUGGUCUACCCUUCUCUAUCACCUCUUCAUUCUCUCUCUUCUCUCCUCUCGCUCUCCUCCUCUCUCUCGUUCUGCGGGCUGCUACUACUGAGGCUAUGCAGUAAAGCUUCAGGUGUUGCGCUCUCGUUCUUCUUCUCUUCCCUCUCUUCUCUCUCUCUCUCUUCUCUCUCUCUCUCUCCCUCUCUCUCUCCAAGCCCUGGGGAUGACAUGCUCUUUCCACUUGUUUUUCCUGUCUCUCAACAUCUCCCCUGUCUGCCUUCUCAUCCAGUUUAUAUGUUGUUGUUUUUUUGUAUAUGUGGCAACUGGUUAUUCCCUGCUGUUGCAAAUAGGCGAACAGAAAGAUGUGACCAUGUGGCACGUGAUGAGCGGGAAAAGACUGUUGAUUAGGCCUAGUAAGUUAUUAACUUAUUUAGCGUUGUUGUGUGUGGGGUGAUAACUGUGGGAGGACAGAGUAGGAAAUGACUGUUACCUAUGAGGGCCCCUGUGUUCUAAACGUAUAGCGGACUUGUAUUUCUCCUCCUAACACACAAAACUUUCCCUUUGGAGUGGUACACACACACACACACAGUCGCACAAACACACACACUCCUGUCAGAGAGACUCUUUGUAGCAUAAAGACAGGUGUAAUAAGUAUCUGCUCUUUAUUUGGACCGGCAACCAGGACACACACUUUGUCAGUGCCACUGCUUUGGCGUCUUAAUCAAGUUUUUCACCCAAGUUUGUAUAUGUCUGGUGACCCUGGAAGACUUCCCAAGAUGGACGACCUGUGAGCUCCAUUACAUCACAAUGGAAUGGAGUCGCAGGGGAAUGUCAAGGGUUCACAGCGCUGUAUCUGGGUUCUCUUACCGUUACUGGCUUCACACACACACACACACACACACACACACACACACACACACACACACACACACACACACACACACACACACACACACACACACACGACAGGGGAUGAAGUAUGAGUCCAGUCAGUACACAGAUCACACCCUCUACAAUAACAUUACCCUGGCAAUGGGUCAUGAGUGUCGACACACUUCAGAGACCUGCUGUAAUGUAGAGAGUUUAAGUCAGGCCAAGGGAGGGGAUUUUGGUGUGUGUGUGUGUGUGAGUGUCAGCUUUCUGUGUGUGUCAGCGUGGGCGACAGUCUCUCGUGCCAUUAGUGUGUGUUGACAGUAUCUCUGUUCAAAUCGUUAUUUACAUUUACAUUUUAGUCAUUUAGCAGACGCACUAUCUCGAAACAGGAAACUCUGGCAGACUGUUUUCCAUCGUGAUAACAUUCUAAUGCACUCUGACCAUGUUCUCUCCUUCUCUUCAGUUCCCUGUCUUCUCUCUCUCCUCCGCUGGUCUUAUUGAGUUACCCUCUGUUAGCAUAUAGCUAAUGGCACCGCUAUCUAUUGAAUUAGCCAGUCAUUACCUCUAUGCACUUAUCGGUGCUUACUGUGUUGGGGAUACCAGAUGGCUACUUAUUACACAUUGCUGUGGUUGUGUGAAAGUCCUUGCGGGUCUAGGAGCAGCUGGACAACUUGCAGUGUUGACAGUGAUAUAGGCCUAAUUCAAUUGCCAUUUAAUUGGAGCUCUGGUGGUGCAGUAAAUGGGGUAGGACAAAGGUCAGUUUUGUGUUUUCCCCACUAAUGGUCAAGGAUUUGGACCUAGCUGAUCCUAGGUCUGUGGCGAAGGGCAACUUUUACCCACAGUAACCUCACACACUAACCUCCUCACUUCCUCUAUCAGGGUUACUAUCUUUUCUGUUCAGCUACAACCCCUCUAUAUAAAGGAUCUAGCUUCGUCAUCAUUAGUGGGUCGUGACAUCUCUUUGUGGUAUCAACCUUGGCCUUACUGUUCUAAGGACCAGCUCAGCUAACCUGGGUACCAGACUCUUUCUACAUUCAACAACACUGGUUACAUCAUUGCCUUGCCAGUUGCCACACUGGUGUGGCUAUACAACAACACGUUUGCUAAAGCAGAAACAGACUGGCAGCAAGGCUACAGUUCAGACAUCCUGUGUACCAGACUCUUUCUGCAUUCAACAACAUUGCCUUGCCAGCACACAAGACAACACCAAGUUCCUGAAACAGAAACAGACAUGGGUUCAGUUCAGGCAUCCUGUAGGCCAAUGAUGUGGUAGAACACAACAAAACAGCACAGUCAUGGUGAAUCCCCAGGCAACUCAACACCCACUGCCUUCUACACCACAGUACAGUGUAUCCCUAACCAGGCUAACAGUACAGUGCAGUGCAGUGAGUGCACCAGCCAGUCUGUAGAGCGAGAGGUUUUCUCGCCUCGCUCUCUUCCUCCAUGCUUCACAGACACAGCAGCAAACUUUGUCAUCUUUAAUUCAGGUCGCGGCGGCCCGAAGACCUUGCAAGCCUCCCACCCACUCAGUCUGGGCCCCGAGCACCUCCCCAGGGUCCUAGAGCCGCACUAACCGCUAACAUUAGCAUCUCCUAUCAUAUCAGAUGGAUGUUGGCACUAGCUAGCCAUUAGCCCCAGGGUUCUAGAGUGAGUUCACCAGGAACCACAGGCAGAGAGUGCUAACGGCUAACUUUAGGUUAGCCGCUCCCAUCAUAUCAGAUGGAUGUUGGCGCUAGGUAGCCGUUAGCCUCUUCCUAUCAUAUCAGUUGGAUGAGGCGCUAGCUAACCGUUGGCCUCUUCCUGUCAUAAUGAUCUGGAUGAGGCGCUUGCUAACCGUUAGCCUCACUUCCUCCUCCUUUCUUGUAAUGUGAGCUAACAGCCGGGGCCAGGAUGUUCGCUUGCUCGCUUCUCUGCUCUGUUUCUCCUCCUCCCUCCUCCUCCCUCUUGUUAGUUUUUAGUGGCCACGGCACUCAGUCUGGUGCACAUUAUGAGCUCAGAGGAAGUCAAAGGUCAAAAGGGCCCAUCCUCCCAUACUUAUUUAACUGGCCCCGUUCCAAUAGUUUUGAAGUGUGUCCUUCCUUCCAUCCUUCCUUGAGGUAAUCACUAAUCACGGAUGUAACACGUUUUGAUAGGUGCUUUCCCACUCCCAGCUAUGUCUAUUAGUAGCUAGGUUUCCAUCCAAUUGGUCGACAGAUUUUCAUGAGAAUAUUCUAAAAUCUGCAUAAAGAAAAUAUGCACAUUUUCCCACCAGUUGUGUUUCCAUCAAACUGACUUGUUGCAGAUCAAAAUCAGUGCGUGAUGACGUAGUGCACACAAUAUACUAUUUAGCUUAAGUUUUUGUGUACCGAAUAAAAAUCAAAUGUUCAUUGUGUUUCCAUUGCAUUUUCAACUCUACCGAUAGUUUUGCUGUUGCGUUAAAUAGCAAAUGUGCCUACUCUGGUCUUGGUACGUGCGCUCUAGCCAACAGCUCCCAGAUACAGUGCGGGUAGUCUACACGAUGAGAUUAGUGGAUAAGCACAAUAAUGUUUUUAUUUGUCAAAAUGGCAGUCAAGCAUCGAUCAACAUGUCACCAGAAUAAGACCCUCGACAUUUAUUGGAAAGGCGCAUCAAGCUCAUACCGUGCUUAUUUCAUCUGUAGCUUAAUUUAAUCUGCAUGGUUUCUCGAGUCGUAGUGGGAGGACCACACACCAUGUCAUCGCGUGCCUCCAAGUUUACUUCGAUAUGAUGGUUAUUAUAUAAAUAUUUGCACAUAAAGGCGUUUCCACCGCCAUUUCUUGCAUAAUACAUUUUACCGACCCAAAAAGAUCCCACCAUGUCGAACGGACAAAUUAUCUGUCGGUAUUUAUACAAUUUUACCGACACUUCCUGUGUCGAUCACAGCUGUCUGGAUUUGUUUUGGAAACGCUAUGACUUUACUCACAUAAAAACAGUGGGUGGAAACGUGGUUAGUCAUUUACUUCAAAGAAGAGAGGACGGAAGGAUGCAUUUUAGUAUGUUUGGAACGGGGCCCUCUCCCUCUCUCUCUCUCCCUGAUAGCAGAGCUACACAGGCAGGAACAGGAAGGGCCUGAGCUGGUGUGGGACGGAUAUCCUGUCCCCCCUAACGUUAUUCCUCUACAACCCCGACUCUAUCUUUUCCUUUCUGUUUCUCUGCUCUAACUCAAUGAGCCUUGGUGUGGUUUUAGCUAACGGUGUUGUCAGAGGUUCUCUGUCGCUGUGGUCUGGCGGUUGUUAUUUGAAGGUGAAAGGGGACUAUGUGUUGGCAUGGCGAUGGGCUGUUUGAGGACUACGACAGCCAGGAGGUGAUGUGUUGUUGUUUGUGUUGUUUUUGUAUUGCUUACGGUUUUGCGGGGACAGGGCUGUGAUUUCUCUAGCAGUGAUUCAUUCAGUCUUUUGCUGGUUUCCUGAUUGUUUGGCUGGUUUGCUGGCUGGCUUUCUCCCUGAGGGAAUUGCAGCUUGUGGUAACCACUGUGUCUCUGACUGUGCAGUCAAGCUCCGAUUUAGAGCUCAUAACAUUGGCAAUUUCAGGGGGGACUGUGGACCAGAGAGAUGUGAAGUCUUGAACGUUGUAACUAGCUAUCAUCCUCCUGAAAUAUGUAUCUAGCCUACAUUUUCGUUUUCUAAAAACACAUUUCUAUCCUCUCUUUCCCAUUUCCAUCCUCUCCCUCUUUCUCUUCUGUUACCCCCCUUUCCUCUCUCUCCCUUCCCCUUUUCACCCCUCAUCCUUCCCCUCCCUCUUCCCCCUAUCCAGAGUGACCCAGGUGGGCUGUCCGUCUUAGAGCAGCUGGGUCUGGACCAGAGCUCGGACUUCUCAGACACCACGGUGCAGCACCGUCUUGAUGAGCAGAGGGAGAGGAUCCGCAGGGAGAUCAGGAAGGAGCUGAAGAUCAAGGAGGGGGCUGAGAACCUCCGCAGGGCCACCACCGAUAAGAGGAAUGCCUCUCAGGUAGGCUAGGUUCCCUCCCCUUACAAUCUUAGUAGAAGUCCCCCCUCUUACAAUGUAAUAUAAUAGUUUUGUUUUCAUUUUAUUGUGUUUAUUGGGUCUCAUCAAAUAAAGCGUAGGGCAUUACAUAGAGUAUAAGUUAACAUAAUGACACAACACAAGGUAUUACACAUUCACUGACAAACAUUGAUGUAAAGUGCUAUGAGCAUUGGAAAGGUGCUAUAUAAAUGGAAUCUGUUGUUGUGUGUUAUUUAUUAGGUGGAUUCCCAACUACGCAGCUCCAACCGUAAGCUGGAAGACCUGCAUGCUCAGUUACAGGAGCUGGACGCUCACAUCAUGGUCAAGGGAGGCGACGACAACAAGGGUAUGUUUUAGAUGAUUCCAUUUAUACUUUGUGUUUUAUGUGUCGCCCAUGCUUAGUCGUAGCCAUGCAUGUAUGAAAGGGAGAUUUUGGGUUGUCACGAUAGAUUUACCUCAAGGGAUUGCAAUGACAACAUGUAUCUGACCUUUGACCGCAGAUGACCCACCCCAGUCCCCGGGGUCGGAGAGCCGCUCGUCAGCAAGCCAGUACCGCAUCGCCGCCCUGGAGAGACAGCUCAACAUCGAGCUCAAGGUCAAACAGGGAGCCGAGAACAUGAUCCCCAUCUAUGCCAACGGAUCCACCAAGGUACUGUCCUCCCUAACGACCCAUUUGCUGAUUCCUUACCUCUGUACUUACCGCACCUCUUUCCUCCCUCCCCCAUCUGCUGAUUGUCCUUGUCUCCUGUCACCUCAGGUCUCUGAUUGUCCUUUUUCCUAUGUCCUCCCUGCUUAAAUGUAUGCCGUAAUCUACAGUGAUCUGAAAACACAGAACCAGGAAAAGCAACAUGGUGGAUGCAUACCAGGAUUUAGCUUUCACCUGCAUAUGUAUGUCACAUCAGUGCAGAGGCUGAGAAGGAAAUAAAAUAAAGCAAUUUAGACUUGAGAUGAUUCCUUGCUGUCUCUGGCCUCAUCAUAUCUUCUACUUCCUGUCAUGUGACCUGGGUCUUGACGUCCUGUGUCUUUCUCCUCCUCCUCCUCCUAUCAGGAUAAGAAGAUGCUGCAGACGGCCCAGCAGAUGCUGCAGGACAGCAAGACCAAGAUCGACAUCAUCCGCAUGCAGAUCCGCAAGAACGUGCAGGCCUCUGAGCACACCGAAGACACACAGGGUAGGACAGUGUAUACUUACCUGUCUGUGUCCAUCUGUCUGGGCGUCCAUCUCUCUGUUUGUCUGUGUCUGUCUGUCCAUUUAUUUGUCUGAUUUGCGGGUCAAUACUUUGUCACUGUCCAACCGUCUGCCUGCAAAUGUGUCUAUCUAUUUUUGACUGUGGAGAUAAAAUGUGUCUUGGAGGUACAGGUUUUGUCUGUGCGGCUAUAAGGUUGUCAAAUGCCAGUUCAGUCAAAAGGCCAUAAAUCCUGCCCAGCUCUACCCUCUCCCAAUGUACAAUAUAUUCAUCUCCCUCCUCCUGAGUAGCCAACUAGCCGUGUAUCCGUCCAGACUGAGACGAGGCUAACAGUAAACAGAUCAAUACCCUACAGCCUCGGGGACUGUCUGGACGGUUCUCUCCUGGAGUGAGGAGAGCAGCGAGACUCAUUGACAUCCUGUGUGUGUCUGUCUCUCGCUCUCUCAAAGCUAUGGGCUCAGCAGAAACUGGAGAGAAACACGCAUACAAACGCUUUUGCACACAAACACUGACUCUCAAAGUACAUGCUACAUACGCACACCCGUACUCACACACACACACACACAUGCACACUAGCACUCAUCGCGCAUUAUAAGUUAGCAGGCGAUCGAUGAAUGUCAAUGGCAGCAGGGCACAUGAAUGGGCCUUUAUGGGCCCUCCAUCCUCAGGAAUCAGGUAAUGGGGUCAUCUGGAGAAGAGAGGGAUUGAUGGAGGUCAAGAGAGGUAGAUGGAGGGAAAGGAGGAAGGAGGAGAGAGGAACUGAAAGCUAUUUGGAGGGAUUUUAAGGAUAAUGUAUUCCUAUGGGCAGGCUUUUUCUGACGUACUCAUCUGUACCCAAAGGAACUAAGAACCAUUUGUGGAGGGAUUUUAUGGCUAGUGAGGAUAGGGUAUUCCCUAUGGAAUAUGUCUUCCAGGUUUUUUCCUCAUCACUGGUUAGAAGCACUUCUUUAACUUUCAAAUGUAGUCAUAUAUGGAGAGGGAUCAUCGUUCAAAUGUAGCAGGGUGAAUGUGGUGUUGAGGAUGGGAUUUUCACCCUCAGUGACUUUAGUGGCCCUCCACUUACACACACACUUGCAAAAACAGACCCCCAUCACACACUCACCUAAAGGUAAACACACACUCCCUCUGUGUAUAUACUGUACACACACAUGCGCCCGCGCACUUACACACACACACACACACACACCCUUUAAGGUCAGUCAGAAGGGUCCCUGGCACCCAGCCGAAGACCUUAUUAGGAGAUAAAGGAAUUCAACCACAUACUCACCCCCACCUACCUUUCUCUCUUGUGUCUGUCUCUCUCUCUCUCUCUCUCUCGCUCCCUCUCUCGCUCCCUCUCACUCUCUCUUUCUCACUCCCUCUCUCGCUCUCUCUCUCGCUCUCUUUUUCAUUCAACCACAUACCCAGUUCUCUCCUGUGUCUGCCCCUCUCUCCUGUGACUCUCUCUCUUCCUUCCCCCUCUCUCACUCCUCACCCACCUCUGUCACUCUCUCCUUCACUCUCUACCUCUGUCCUUCCCCUCCCUCUGUCUCUCUCUCUGUCUGUCUCUCUCUCUGUCUGUCUCUCUCUCUGUCUGUCUCUCUCUCUCUGUCUCUUUCCUUCUCCCUACAGUUUACACUCUAAACCAAUACAGGACAUCCAAAGGGUCUUACUGUUUUAUCCUCUGCUUUAUUCCAACACAUACUGAUGCAAUGUCUCAACCCCUCUGCUAUUCAGCAGUCUGUGUCAUCUUGACGUUAUGUUCCAGUACUCCUGGAGAGAAACCAUAUUUACCCUGUCUCCUUUAAUACAGUACCAGUGACAGGGGAAAGCAGAAUGGUGGAAAGACCGUUCCAGUCUGUUCACCUGUUAAGUCAGUUCAGAUUAGUGGUUGUGACAGAAAGCAUAAAACACAGUACCUAAACUCCACUCCACUCCACUCACCCCCUUUCUCUCAGGGGUAGAGUUUUCAAGAUAAAUCAAAAAUUCCAGAUAUUAUUUAUUUUUAUUUUUUACCUCUGAGUAUAUCAGAACACUAUUCCUAAAUCAUUAUUGAAGUUAACCUGGUUUUCUAUGUCAAUCACAUGCAUUAACAGCAUAUAUGUAGGUCUACUCACUUCAUCCCUUCUCUCUCUCUCUCUGUCUCUCUCGCUCUCUCUCUCUCUCUCCUCUCUCUCUCUCUCUCUCCUCUCUCUCUCUCUCUCUCUCUCUCUCUCUCUCUCUCUCUCUCUCUCUCUCUCUCUCUCUCUCUCUCUCUCUCUCUCUCUUUCUCUCUCUCUCUCCCCUCCAGGUAACCAUGACAUGUGUGGUGUGGAGCUGCGUAUUGAGGAGCUGAGGCACCACUACAGAGUAGAACACGCUGUGGCAGAGGGAGCUAAGAAUGUCCUCAGACUACUGGGGGCAAGCAAGGUCCAGGAUAAGAAGGCCCUGUCAGAGGUACACGCCACAUACAUGUGUAGAUACACACACACACCAGGACAUGAACACACAAACACACACCACAGGACUCAUUGCGUGCAAACUCACUCUACAUGGAUGCAUAUGAGUCCAUACAUACAUGGGUACAAACAGAUGAAAAUGUGUCCAAACAGAAUCUGACAAUAAACCUUCUUUUGAAGUUCAUUUAAACUUUUUCAUGCCUACCGAGCACAACCCUGGUUUGGUGUUUAGGGUCUCACCCCUAUCCUUCCAUAUCCCUGAAUCUCUCUACCUGCAGACCCUCUACACAGUACCCACACUCCUGGUCUAUUUUCUAGCAUCUCACCCCACUUCCCCCCCUCUCAUCUCCUCCAGGCCCAGUGUCGUCUGAGCGAGGCGUCCCAGCGGUUGGACCUCCUGAGGGACUCUCUGGACCAGCGUCUGGCCGACCUGCCGGAGGACCACCCCAAGGCCUGCCUCAUCAAGGAGGAACUAGUCCUGGCCUCCUCCCCGGCCUUCAGCUCCCGCCACAGCGCCCCCUACUUCCACAACCAGUACAGCACACUUAGCAAGCCCUCCCCACUUACUGGUGAGAGAAACUGGUCUAAAUGUGUCAAUAGGAUUGACUGCACACACUAUCAAUAGUAUCCAGCACAUUCAAUAAUCUAAUAAUCUAAUAUACCAUUUAGCAGACGCUUUUAUCCAAAGUGACUUACAGUCAUGCGUGCAUACAUUUUACAUAUAUUCACACACGUUCUGUUUCACUGGCAUCAUGCCGUGGCUUAUGGAUUUUUCUUGAUUGUGAACUAUUGAUAGUGCUUUCAUAGCGGUUAGCUUCACAAUGCCAAAGUGGGCAAGAUAUCAAGAUUAUUUCAAAUAAACAUUGAUAUGAGCAUCUUUACAUCGAGUGAUUAAGCUUUUGCUUUAGGUUAGAUCGUUUUAUCUCGGAACAUGACCCAUGUUCAAUCCCUUUACUCGCGUUCUCUCUCUCUGUCCUCGCCCCCUGUCUCCAGGUACUCUCCAGGUGCAGUUGCUGGGCUGUGUGGGGUUGUUGGAGGAGGUCCCGGGGCGCAGGAAGGGCACGGCGGUCAUGCUGCCCUGCUACAGCCCUGGGGAGGGACGCUCCUUCAUGAACCGCAGCAACAAGAGCACCCUGUACGGACGCAGUGGGAGCGUCAGCGGCAAGACACCCUGCAAGACUGACGAUCUCUCCUGUGAGUGGCUAGGGUAGAGGGGGUGUGUGUGUGUGUGUGUGUCAAAUUAACCAUACCGUUACCAUGAAAUUGCCCAUAUGGAUUGUUUAUGUAAAGGUGUAUUUGUGUAAUGUGUGUAUAAUACAUGUAUUUGUAUUCGUGUGUGUGUAGCGGAGGUGAGUGCGGUGUUAAAGAUGGAUAACUCAGUGGUGGGUCAGACAGCCUGGAAGAGUGUAGGGGAGCAGGCCUGGGAUCAGACCUUCACUGUGGAGCUGGAGAGGGUGAGAGUUCACUCACACAACACCACACACACACACACACACACAUAUUAUACAUUCAAACAUGCUUACACAAGUACAAAUGUCCUCUCUCUCCCUGUCUCUCUCUCACACACAUGCACACACGUACUCACUCAUACACUCACAAACGCACACAAAAGAAACACAAUAACACAAAAGUCUUCACAAUCACUCACACACACACACACACACACAAAAGGACCAAACCUCUUCACACACUCUACCUACACUCUUGAGUCCUCUUGAGAGUUCAUGCUCUUGUGUAUCUAGUGAACCGUCUGUCUGUGUGUAGUCGAACUCUUACUGUCUGUGUAUCUAGUCGAACUCUUACGUGUCUGUGUGAUCUAUCGCCACUUCUUAGUGUCUGGUGUAUCUAGUCGUCUUACGUCUGGUGUACUUAGUCCCUCUUACGAUGUGUGUAUCUUAGUCGAACCUCUUACGUGUCUGUGUGUUCCAGUCCAGGGAGAUGGAGAUAGCAGUGUACUGGAGGGACUACCGCUCGCUGUGCGCUCUCAAGUACCUGAAGCUGGAGGACUUCCUGGACAACCAGAAACAUAGAGUUCAGCUGGAGCUGGAGCCACAGGGGCUGCUUCUGGCUGAGGUAGGUUAUAACACAUACAUGCAUACAUACACACACACACACACACGCUGUACACUUGGGAUCAUUAAAGAAGUAUCAAAGCUGUGUUUUGGUAAAUGAGUUGAUAGAUCCAUUAUAUAGAGUGCAGGUGUGACGUGUGUGAUUUGUUCUUCAGGUGAUAUUCUUCAACCCGGUGAUUGAGAGAGUCCCACGCCUUCAGAGGCAGAAGAAGGUCUUCUCCAAACAGCAUGGUGAGAGAGAGCUAGAAGAAUACAGAUCCUACUAUUACAGUGGAUAUCUUACUACAGUAUUUUCCACAGAACUAGAAUGAGAUUGUAUUUCUAUGGCAUUUUUAUUAUGAUGAAAAUGGAAAGGGUUGACCUGACCAUAGCACCCCCUUGUGGUCAUAACAGAUUUAACUGCAUGGUGUCUUUUGAAAAUGGGUGUGUUUGCUGCUGUGUCCAGCUGGAUUUAUAUUAUGUGUUUGUGUGUGUGUGUUUUAACUGUUCUGGUGUGUGUUUGCAGGCAAGGCUUUCCUGAGAGCUCGUCAGAUGAACGUCGACAUCGGGACCUGGGUCCGACUCCUGAGGAACGCUAUCCCCACUGUCAACAACACAGGAACCUACAGCCCCAAUGCACACAACCUCAACUCUGGGUAAUACACACACACAAGCAACUUGUACCCACCUCUACUCCUCAAAUUCAUCCCUCUAGUUGUUGAAGGAACUCCACAUAGCAUGCGAUGCACUCUGGACCCUGUAGCUAAAUACCCUUUUGUGUUUCCCUGUGGUCUGGAUGUGUGUACGUGUGUGUGUGUUUGCAUGUGUUUUCAGGGAGAUCUCAGUGGAGAAACUAAGUCUGGACAGUGACUCUCCAAUCAGGCAUGAUUACAGAAGAGACUCUGAUAAUAACACCCCGGUGAGAGAGGGACAGAAGAAGAGAAACCCAGUUGAAUAGCAAAAUAGAAAUGAGUGGAACCUCACACACUCACCCACUUUAUUUAUCUCUCUCUCACUCCUGGCUUUGCUUCUUCCCUCCAUCUCUCUAUCCUCUUCUUCUCCCUCUGCUCUCUUUUUCUCAGGAGCGGUUGCCAGUGAUUGAGCCCUUCUCUCCCCCAGACCUCACCCCUGAUCGCCCUGCCCAAACCCCCCCUCUGAGCAGGUGUGGUCAUUAUGCAGACAAACGAAUGCUCAUUUACAUACACCUACACACACGAUGGUUUCACACACAUAACAAUGUUAUAUUGGCGGCUACAAGUGUCUUCAAGGCACCUCAGUUAACAUAUUACACACCUCUGGCCAUGCUGGACAAGUCACUGUGUAUACAGUAUAGAUCAUAUGUAUUGUGGUAAUAUGUGUCUCUCUCUACAGUAAACAUAAGAAACCCCUGUGCCUCCAGGACUUCAGGCUGAUCGCCGUGCUGGGCCGGGGACACUUUGGGAAGGUACGCUUUUCUAACCUCCCUCUGCCCUUAGUUAAAGUCCAAAUAAACACUUUGAUUUAGUCUGAAAUGUGACCCUUGAACCCUUUCUAUUUUACCUGUCCUCUCUCUUAGGUGCUGCUGUCAGAGUAUAAGAAGACAGGAAGUAUAUACGCCAUCAAGGCCCUGAAGAAAGGAGAUAUUGUUGCACGGGACGAGGUGGAGAGGUACGUGUUUCUAUGCGUGUGGGGACCUUUAAUUUAUACAUGUACAAAUUUGUCUUGUUUUUACAUGACUGUCGGCAAAAAAAAUCAUCCCACAGGGCUUGAAAUUGAACUCUGAAAGCACAGAUCUCAUUUUCACCGCCUCCAUUCUUGUUUUUCUCCUCUCCCUCCCUCCAGUCUGAUGUGUGAGAAGCGUAUCUUUGAGACGGUGAACGUCUCCCACCACCCCUUCCUGGUCAACCUGUUUGCGUGUUUCCAGACCCCGGAACACGUGUGCUUCGUCAUGGAGUACACGGCUGGCGGUGACCUCAUGAUGCACAUCCACGCUGACGUCUUCACUGAACCACGGGCUGUGUACGUAGUCCCUGUGUGUGUGUAUGUGUGUGUGUGUGUGUGUGUGUACUUUUUGAAUAGGUGUCUUAAAUGUUUCUGUCUCUGUCUACAGGUUCUAUUCAGCCUGUGUGGUUCUGGGACUGCAGUUUCUCCAUGACCACAAGAUUGUGUACCGGUGAGUCAACGACACACACUACACACAUCUACUCUCUUAGCGUUCCACCCAAUUCCAUCACCUGUCUGUAACAUUUUCUAUGUCCUCCCUCCUCCAGAGACCUUAAACUAGACAACUUACUGCUGGAUAUAGACGGAUAUGUAAAGAUUGCCGACUUUGGACUCUGUAAAGAAGGUGAGUGGUCAGAAGUUUGUGGAAUCUUUACACUUCUAUGAUGCAUACGUCUGGAUAGCUAGUGUGUGCAAACACUAAUGAGUGUGUGAGUUUGUGUGUAUCUGGCUGCAUGCAUCUCUUCCUGUCUGCAUGUAUAACACUGUGUAAUAACAUCUCUUUAUAGGGAUGGGCUAUGGGGACAGGACCAGUACGUUCUGUGGGACUCCAGAGUUCCUGGCCCCUGAGGUCCUGACAGACACCUCCUACACCAGAGCAGUAGACUGGUGGGGCCUGGGGGUCCUCAUCUAUGAGAUGCUGGUGGGAGAGGUGAGACGUCAUCGAAAAUACAAGAGCUGGACAAAAUAUAGCUAUGGAAGGACAGAAAACAUCUAUUCACUCUUUAUUUGAGUAGACAUCUUCAAUGAACAUCACUUGGUAACAUUUUACAGUGAACAGAAAUGUACUAUAUUUUCCGUGAUGAGACACAUCCCCUUGGGUUUGCACCAUCUGGUUUGUGUCUAUAUUGUGAGGUCUGGUAUUUAUAAACGGGUUUCCCACUCAACUGUCUGAGUGUAUUUCUCUGCUAGUCGCCCUUCCCUGGUGACGAUGAGGAGGAGGUGUUUGACAGCAUCGUGAAUGACGAGGUCCGCUACCCACGAUUCCUCUCCACAGAGGCCAUUGCCAUCAUGAGGAGGGUAAGUGACCACACACACACUCACACACUCAAACACACACACCAUAGCUCCAUGGUCUGUGGCACCUCACAGAUUUGUCCAGUAAUAAUGUUAAUGUUGUAGUUCUUGUCUCUUUAAUUCAUGAUUUUGUUUACCUGGAAACAGCAGUUCUGAUAAGACUCUCUCUCUCCCAAUAACCCCCAUAACUCUCUCAUUAGCAAGUUUAGUAUAACAGCUGGUAAUUUGACUUCUAUAAUGGCUAUCAAUAUUCAUGUGAAUGUUGUGUGUGUGUGUGUGUGUGUGUGUGUGUGUGUGUGUGUGUGUGUGUGUGUGUGUGUGUGUGUGUGUGUGUGUGUGUGUGUGUGUGUGUGUGUGUGUGUGUGUGUGUGUGUGUGUGUGUGUGUGUGUGUGUCAUGAACAGCUGUUGAGGAGGAACCCAGAGAGAAGGUUAGGCUCUGGUGAGAAAGAUGCUGAGGAGAUAAAGAAACAGCCUUUCUUCAGGGUGAGUCAGAAAUCCAUGGCACCACAUUUAUCUUUUUCCAUUUAUUUUCAUCCCACACUUGUUUUUUUUUUAAAGGAACAUAUUUUUCCACCAUGAUUUUGCUUUUUGUUAACCCUCUUUUUCUCUCUCCUAUCUCUCUCUCUCCCUCUCUCUCUCCCUCUCUCUCUCUCCCUCUCUCUCUCCCUCCCUCUCUCUCUCCUCCAGGGUCUGGAUUGGGAGGCCCUGCUACAGAGGAAGCUUCCUCCUCCCUUCGUUCCCUCCAUCAAGGGCCGGGAGGACGUCAGCAACUUCGACGAGGAGUUCACAGCCGAGCCUCCCGCCCUGACGCCGCCGCGCGAGCCCCGCACGCUCUCCCGCAAAGACCAGGACAGCUUCUGCGACUUCGACUACGUCUCCGACCUCUGCUAG